CUUUCGCACGAUGCAGGUUACUUUUAAUAGGCUCUACUCAGUGUUGAGUCUGUUGGUGAAAAGCGAACCAUAUCCUCAUAGUUUGAACCAUUCUUAAAGUAAUUUCAUGUACUCUAUGGAUAACAUGUUCUGAAAUUCAGUAUUUUAUCUCACCGAGGCUAGGGAUGGAUGAAGUCGAGUUUUUCUCAUCAGACAUGGGCGAUUCGAGGCGAAGCUCGGCAGCCCAGUUUUUCAUGGAGGAAGGUGACGAGGUGAAAAAGGCCGAGAAGGCGAUCGUGGUCAAGCUGAACGAAGCUUCUCUUUGCGUCGAGGCAGAGACGAAGCUGGAACAUCUGUCAAAAGUGCAAGACACGGUUUUGAAAUUCCCAAGCCUACUGCACGAACAUAUAAACGACGUCUUGGCGUUCCAGAACGACAGGAGUCCCGACGUCAGAAAAUUUGUGAUAAGUUUCAUCGAAGAGAUCGUGAAGAAAGAUUGCGAGUUGCUCCCCUCGGUUAUAAUCAGCUUGUCGAACCUCCUUCAGGACAAGACACCGCAAGUGCAAAAAAGGGUUGUUCAAUGCGUCACUCAACUGUAUAGGCUGGCGUUGAUGUGGCUUUCGAAAGCUCAAACAGUGACCGAGAGCAUGCUCAACACCUGGAAUGUGCUGAUAAACAUGAAAGCUUUUAUUAUUGACAUGGUCGACAGUGAUAAUGAUGGAUUAAGGACCCAGAUCGUCAAGUUCCUAGAGAUGCUCGUUCUCCUUCAGACGUAUCCAGAAGCCGAAAGCCUGAAAAGGACCAACGAGUUUUCCUUAGAAGACAUUCCAAUGACUUUGAAAAUAGCAAGGAGGAGAAAACUCGAAGAAGAAGCCAUGAUGUUUUUUGACUUGAUGAUAAAGUUUCAUGGAUCGCAACAUAUAAGCAGUGCAAAUUUGAUCGCUUGCAUGGGAUCGUUAACGACAAUUGCAAAAUUAAGACCAAUUUUUAUGGGCAAAGUUGUUAAUGCUUUAGAAGCACUUCACAUGAAUUUACCUCCUACUUUGUCAACGUCACAAGUAAAUUCAGUUCGGAAGCAUUUAAAGAUGCAAUUGUUGAAUCUUCUGCGUCACCCUUCUUCCGUUGAAUUUCAUACAAAUAUUACAACGCUUCUCACUGACUUGGGUGCAACGACUCACGAGGUGAUGAAAGCCUAUCCGAAAAUAGAGGAGUUGAAAAAACGGACAAAGAAACAGUUGACAGACGCAAUAGCGAAGAAACAGAGGUUGGAAGUAGAGCCUGCUGUCACGGAGUCAGCAGUGGACAUUACAGAGUCGUUUAUUAUUGAAAGACUCACUCCUGAAUUAGCAGCAAACCUAGUUGUUUUAGGAAUGAGCAGGCUUCCCGAGACGAUGCCACCACUUUUUAGCGCCACUUAUACGCCUAUUGCGGCAGCAGGAACGCAAGGUCAGAUAAAGCACGUUGCGAGGCUUUUAGCGACUCAACUGAACAAUGCUGGGCUUGGGCCAGGUGCGUCGAUCGCCAAAACUCAGAAAACAAUUGUGAGGACAGUACCUGAUGAAGAUGAUGAUGAUGAUACUUGUAUUAAUAGUGGCGUAAUAGAUGAAACUGGAUUAGACGAUGAUGCGAAGGGUUCUUCCGGAAAAGGUUUAAAAUUAGAAGGCGUCAAACCCUUGACAGAAGAAAUGAGGGAAAUUAUACUGUUAGACUCAGUCCUUAGGAUACUACAAUCGGAAGAAAGUUCAAUAUCGGGCGGAGUGAGCAACAUACGGUCUAAAAUUAUCGCUACGAUGGCAGCAUCUUUCGGGACGAACAUCAGGGAAACGAUAUUGAAUUUUAUAUUGUCCGACCUGAGAGGACAGAUAAAUCUUGCUCUAAGUUGGAUUUACGAGGAAUACAGUUUCAUGCAAGGGUUUUCUAAAAGGGCGCCGAACCAAAUGGAAGAUGAUGUCUGUUAUAACAGUCACUAUAACAAUUUAGUAACGAUUUUAAUCAAUUCUGUAAUCAAUAAUAAAGAAAUGAAAGAGAGAGAAAUGAUAUUAUCAAGGAUAUGCUUAGAAAUGCCCUUGAUAACGGAAGAAGUGGCAGAACUUUUGAAGCAGUUCAGCACAGUCGAGGUCCUUGGUCUUAAUAUAAUAAACCAAAUAAUAUUAAUGAGGCCGCCCAGGCAGAGAAUGUUCCUGACAGUACUUCUUGAAAACACGUCACAUCAGACGCCCGAGAUCCGUGAGGCAUCGAUCGGCCACAUAGUUGACCUUUAUACAAGAGACGAAGUUCAAAAUGUCAUCGAGCAACAUGCCAUACACUAUCUCGGGUUUUUGACGCAGCUUAACCCGCCUGAGGCACUGUUCGGCAUGAGCAAAGGCCGGGCGCAAAAACAAGACAACUGGACGGACGAUUCGAUAAAAGCUUGUCUUUACCUUUAUUUGUCAUUGUUGCCAAUAAACCAAGGGCUCAUUCAUGAGCUGGCGAGGGUGUAUAUUCAAACUGUCGCCGAUGUCAAGCGUACUAUUUUACGAGUAGUCGAAUAUCCUGUGAAAGCAAUGGGGAUGGAUUCGCCCGAAUUGCUCAAACUUGUUGAAGAAUGUCCAAAAGGAUCUGAAACUCUUGUCACCCGUCUUAUUCACAUACUGACUGAUAAAUCACCACCUAGCGCAGAACUUGUAAAUAGGGUACGAGAACUGUACCAUACGAGAGUGUCGGAUGUUAGAUUCCUCAUACCCGUACUUAAUGGGCUUAGCAAAAAUGAAGUGAUUGCCGCUUUGCCAAAAUUAAUCAAAUUGAACCCUAUUGUCGUCAAAGAAGUUUUUAACAGACUGCUUUGCACGUCAACGGAAGGAGGCAAUUAUGCCUCACCGAUCACUCCGUCUGAACUUUUAAUAGCUUUACAUCAAAUCGACCCGACAAAAUGUGAAUUAAAAGCUAUAAUAAAAGCGACUUCCCUCUGCUUUGCUGAUAAACAAGCAUAUACGCAGGAGGUGUUGGCUGUUGUUAUGCAGCAUUUAAUGGAGGUGACGCCAUUGCCGACCCUCCUCAUGAGGACUGUUAUCCAGGCUUUGUCGCUUUAUCCUCGUCUUAUCGGAUUCGUAAUGAACAUACUGCAAAGGCUGAUUCUAAAACAGGUCUGGAGGCAAAAGAAGGUCUGGGAAGGGUUUAUAAAGUGUUGCCAGAGAGCACAGCCCCACAGUUUCCAGGUGCUUCUCCAACUGCCUGCACCGCAGUUGGCAGAUGUGUUCAAAGAGGCGCCUGACCUCAAAAAACCUCUUUUAGAACACAUUAUGGAAUUCACUGAAAACCAGAGAGCCCAUAUACCACAAACUAUCAUGGAUAUACUACUAGGCUCAUCACCACCAGCAAUAAUGGAAUUUCACAUUAAAGAAGAACCUGUGUCACCACCUCCUGAUUUGACUAUUGAUAUUAAAGAAGAACCGGUUGAUGAUGUGCCAAGAAGGGUGUUCAACGUGCCUGCACCUCCAGGGAUCGAAUGAGCAUGAUUUUUUUUCUUUUAAAAGAAAACUUUAUAAAAAAGUAAUGAUUAUUUGAGAAAUUGUAAAUAAACAG